GUAAAUUGCUAGUUCAACUUACAGAAGAGCAUCUACCAGCCAGUCUUUCAGGAGAGGCUAUGCUCAAUUUGUCCGGUUGUCUGGUAUCACUUAUCGCAUACAUCAACGUCAUCUUCACAGUUGCCUCUGACAUCGUCCAAAAAGAUGAUACAACUGGCACUAUCCAACAACAAUCGAUGUCAAAUUUCACAAAUUUAAUGGAAGAAUCCAAACUACGAACUACUUGGAUUUUUCUAGACAAACCUCCAGAAGAAGCCUUAAACGAAGAAAAACUUGCCAGGAUGGCAAAUUGGGUAUCCCAAGUCACAGCUCUACCUCCAACAGUGAAGCAGUCUAAUAAUAAAAGACGGGAAACUGGCAUGUGGCCGCAAGCUAGCACCAAGCGGCAAGAAACAGGCAACUAUCAACAUGGAGUUGAUGAUGAAAUGAAAGAACCAGCUGGAUCUAAGAAACCUCCAGGUUGUGCUCAGUAUGGUCGUUAUUACUGUAGUUAUAAGGAAGAUUAUCCAAUAGAUGUUGUUAGCCAAGUGAUCAAGUAUAUGAAAUGGCCUUUAGAGAAACUUUUCCGGGAUUUAAAGCAACAAAGAUUGCCUAGAAUUGCAGAAAAUGCUGAUGGAGCUCUCGUGUGUGACUCUAUUACCCGCAUGAUACGACCAGGAUGGGCCAAGAACAAUAAUGGAAGAUGGGUUGUCAUUAUUAAUACAGAACAGUAUGCCCAAUUUGUAACAGAAGUUAUUUGUAGGUACGACAAUUCCUACUGCAACUUCGUUCCACCAUGUUAUCAGGCAACCUGUCAACAAAGAUACAAUACUCAGACCCUUUUAGCAAUCGAUCCCUAUAAUCCUCACAAAGGUCCCUUUCUGUCCAAAUUUCUUUUCCCAUCAUGCUGCGUUUGCUAUGUUCCGAAAGUGAAGUUCGACAAAGCCAGUGACGAUUAUCGAUAAAAGAUAUUCAGGUUAUUUCUCUCUUUUCUUGUAGGACAAUUGGAUUGAGGAUAUUAAAAUAAAGCAAAUUUCUAAGCUUUGCAAAGUAUUUUUGACUUGAAAAGAACUGUAAAUUUAUUUCAUUCUGUGUUGCAUUAAAAAAAAAACUAAUAUUUAAAUUGUACUUAAAAUAAACGAACUAUGUUUGUUGGGUAAA